UGGCAGGAGUUCGUGAUGGGGCUCUCCCUCUUGUUGCGUGGGACCAUGCUGGAGAAGCUGCAGUGGGUCUUCAGCCUGUACGACGUCAACAGGGACGGCGAGAUCACUAGCGAGGAAAUGCAGAUGGUCGUCUCAUCCGUCUAUGAUAUCAUGGGCAAGUUUUGUAGCUCAAAAAUUGACGACACUGUCAUAAAAAAUCACGUCGAUGCUUUAUUUGAAAAGCUGGACGUUGAUCGAGAUGGCGUCAUAUCGUUCGACGAGUUCAUCGACACAUGCCGCAAG